AGUCUCCAUCUUCCCAGCCUUUCUCCUCCGGGUCCUGGCCUCCUACGAAGCCACACCCGUGCGGACCAGCGCCCGGGAGGAGUCUGAUAAUUGACUUAAGUUCAACAAAAGAAAAAAAGUGAGCUCGGAGACACUGGAGCACAGGCUCCUCCGGCGGAGCUGCGAAGGGCUCCCGGCCCCGGGCCCCAACCUGCUGGGACGCCCGGCCGGACCCCGCCCGGCCCGCGGGGAGCACGGAGGGACGCGCCGGCGGCCGCAGGUUCAUGAGUGGCGUUUUGGACAGGGGGCCCGGUGUGGGAACCCAGAGCCAGUUCACUGAACUGCCGCUGUCCCAGCCCCACGAGUGUCUGGGAAGGUAUAAAAGACUCCAACCCCGCAAAGAUGCUGAAACAGAUCCUGUCGGAGAUGUACAUAGAUCCUGAUCUGCUGGCAGAGCUGAACGAGGAACAGAAACAGAUCCUGUUCUUCAAGAUGAGGGAGGAGCAGGUCCGCCGCUGGAAAGAAAGAGAAGCAGCGAUGGAAAAACAGGAGUCCCUGCCAGUGAAACCCAGGCCGAAGACAGACAACAGCAAAUCCGUUCACUGGAAGCUGGGAGCCGACAAUGAGGUCUGGGUCUGGGUGAUGGGUGAACAUCACCUGGACAAACCCUACGACGUGAUCUGUGAUGAGAUCCUCGCGGAGAGGGCGAGGCUGAAGGCCGAGCAGGAGACGCCGGAGCUCAGAAAAGCUCAGCCCGGAGAGCUCAGCAGCAGCUCGAAAUCAAAGCUGCCGUCCUCCGAGGGGCGGGCGCCCGGUGCCGGGGGGACCGGGAACGUGGGCGAGAAGGCGGCAGAGGUGCGGACGCCGGGCCGAGGCUGCAGGCCGGCUGCACCACUCGCAGAGCAGAAAGCACCCCUGUCCUCCAGCUCCUCAAGAAAUAUUCACCAAAUGUUGGCAGAUUCUGUCAGUCGUAUAAAGGAUUUCGGAUUUCACCAGAAGAAAGUGUCAGUGAAGCAAACACAAGAUGAAGAAAUAAAACAAACAGAUGAAGAGAGAACCAAGGAGAUUUAUACAAACUGGAAAGAAGAUUCGGAGUGGCAGGCUUCUUUGCGAAAAUCCAAAGCCGCUGAUGAGAAGCGGCGCUCCCUGGCCAAGCAGGCCCGUGAGGACUACAAGCGGCUGUCGCAGCGGGGGAGGAGCGGCAAGGGGCAGCAGGGCCCCCCGGGCGGCCCCCCGAAACCCAAGAGGCCCCCGCUCCCCCCCAAGCCUCAUUUCCUGAGCCCAGCAGGACAGCCACACACACCUCUCAGGAAUCAGAGAGUGACGAGGCCGGCGUCCAGCCCAGCCCAGGAGGACAUCAGGCGCUGGUUCCGGGAGGAGCAGCUUCCUCUGCGGGCGGGCUACCUGGCGGACUCGGACAGCAUCGCCCCCUGGUUCCACGGAAUCCUCACCGUAAACAGAGCGAAUGAGCUUCUGAGCACCUGCGUGCCGGGCAGCUUUCUGAUCCGGGUCAACGAGAAGGUCAAGGGCUACGCCCUGUCCUACCAGUCUGAGGACGGCUGCAAGCACUUCCUCAUAGAUGCCUCCUUGGACUCAUACAGCUUCCUUGGCGUGGACCAGCUGCAGCACGCCAGCCUGGCCGAGCUGGUGGAGUACCACAAGGAGGAGCCCAUCACCUCCCUGGGGAAGGAGCUCCUUCUGUACCCCUGUGGUCAGCAGCAAGAGCCGCCCGACUACCUGGAGCUGUUUGAGUGACAGCCCUGCAGCCAGCAGACCCCACGGCUGUGGACACACGUGAGAAGCCACGGCGAGCCGACCCCGAGCAAGUGAAAGGACCCUUGAGGUUCCAUGAAGAUCUCUGCACGCAUGCUAGAGUUUCACGCCAAGAGGGAAUCACCUCCUCCAGCAAUAAAGGGGGAUGAGCCCGCAAUUCCGCAGCUCCUAACACGAAGGCCACAACACUAACGACGUGUGAGACAAACCAAGAAACUGGUACCUGGUAGGAGUCAAGUGCGAGCGAAAUCGCUUCGGUCGUGUCCGAUUCUUUGUGACCCCAUGGGCUGUAGCCCGCCAGCCUUCUGUCCAUGGGGAUUCUCCAGGCGAGACUACUGGAGUGGGUUGCCAUGCCCUCCUCCAGGGGAUCUUCCUGACCCAGGGAUCAAACCCACAUCUUACAUCUUCGGCAUCAGCAAGCGUGUUCUUUACCACUAGCGCCACCUGGGAAGCUGGUCGGAAUAAAGGGACACCUCAAAACCAGACUCUCCCGCGGCCUCACGGGAAGGUCUCAGGCUCCUGUGCAGGUGAGGUUCAGGUGACAUUGGGGGCUGAGCCGACCGCCCCCACCCACCUCACUCACUGGGCGUGUGGCAGCCAGGGUGCAGGACACACAGGGAGAACGGUUUGAAUGAGGAAUUUGAAGGUGUCAGAAGAGGGGCUUCACGUGGACAGAAAUACCCUGGGCGAGGGCAGGAGGCGAGGGACCGUGAGUGAGGUGGUUUCCCGGCUCUGGGGGAGCAGGCAGGGCUCUAGCCAGGACCACAGAGAAGGAAGGGGGAAGCCCCACAAGUGACUGGUGUUGGCAGACGGAGCAGGGCAUUUGGGGGAGUGCCCUGGACACUGUGUCCUGGGAUGAGACCGCCCCCGCCCGCACCUGAACGUGACCUUAUUUGAAAACAGGGUCUCUGGGGCUGAGGUCAGACCACAUGAGGGUGGGCCCAAGGCCAACAGCUGGCGUUCUGACAAGGAGAGGGGGCUCUGGAAGCGGAGGCACAUGAGGCAGAGUCACGAGUGAGGAGCUGCAAACCCGGGGACAGGGGCCCGUAGGGCGGCUGGAGCCCCCCUCCCCAGGGCCCUG